CAUCAUCAUCAGCUACAAGAAACUGUAUGUAAUCAUAAUUACAAUUUCGAACUACUUUUUGAAGGAUGGAUGGAAAUAAUAGAGAGAAAGAGAGCUAUAUCUUUUUUGUCAUAACGAAGAACAAUGAAUUGUAUUCAUUCACUAGUUAUUUUGUUAAUGAUAGGGUAACUUCCUUAAAAGCCAGAAGUUUGGAUGGAUGAAAUGAAUGAAGCUCAUCGAAGUCAGACGUUCCGGAAGCAGUAGAGACCGUCUGGGAUAGAUACCCUGAUUUUAUACUUGAGAUGAGGCACGCACCAGUUACAUGACUGUACGCAACAUAACUGUACGCAACAUUUUACAACAAGAAAGACAUUUUCGUUUCACCUUGUAAAUUUAUUAGCUGCUUUUUUGUAGAAAGGAUUAAAGAAACUGUAGAAAAAAAUAAAGAUGAUGCCAUUUAUAGUAUUGAUUUUUCAUAUAUAGAGAAUGAAAGAUUUAAUGGAACUUUUUAUUACUAACAGAAAGAAGAAAUCCAUUACCUCAUAAAACGAAAAAAAAAUGAAAGUUAAACAUUUUAUUUUUAUAUGUGAAGUGUAACGUGACUGUAAUUCGUAACGUGUAAUUAAUCGUGGCUUCUAAUACUGAAUCUAACCCCAGUGGUCAAGUUAUCAGAAAUUUAGAAACAUUCUCUUUAAUAUGGCUCGAUAAUAAUGUGAAUAAAACGGAGUUUAAUUUGAAAUCUCAGAAAAAACUACGAGAAUCAAUUAAUUAUUUGAGAACGUUUGAGAAUGCGGAUGAUUCUGUCAGCUAUAUAACCGAAAUUAAGACAGAAAAAGUUGUCUUAAUCAUCUCAGGUAAUCUUGGUCGAGAAUAUGUACCAGUUCUACAUGAUUUGCCUCAAUUAGCUGCUAUCUACGUCUUAUGUGCACAAAAAGCUUUCAAUGAACAAUGGGCAAAAAAUUAUAAAAAGCCGUUAGAUAGAGUAAAUGGUGUUUUUAUCGAUACUGAUGAGUUAGUUAGAAAACUAUCGAUUGAUCAAACGGAGCGAGAGAAACUUGAAAAUGACGCAACAAUACCUCUUAGUUUCUAUAAUCGAUCAGUGCAGUCUUCUACGUCGUUGAAUGAUUUAUUCAUGUGGUUUCAAGUAUUCAUCGAUGUUCUACUGAGAAUGGAACAUCCAGAAACUGGCAGAGAAAAACUACUUGGAUUAUGUAGAAAACUUUAUGAUGGAAAUCUGAGUGAGACAGCUAUUCUCGACCAAUUUGAGACAAAUUAUCAGUCAGAAAUGGCAAUCUGGUGGUAUACAAGAGGUUCUUGUCACUCUCGCAUAUUGGAUAAAGCAUUGCGUAUUCAAGAUUUGGAAAUUUUAUUUUAUUUUCAUUUUUUCAUUGCUGAUCUCUAUGAACAAUUGAAACAAGACCAAAAACGGUUUCUCGAUACGUCACACGAUACUAAUUUAUACGUUUAUCGUUGUCACGUAAUGUCUACAAAAGAAUUCAAUCAAAUAAAAGAGAAUGUUGGUGAAUUUCUCUCAAUAAAUUCUUUUUUAUCGACCUCUAAAAAUAAAACAGUUGCACUCGAAUUUGUGAAACGUUACUGUUCGUCUGUUGAUCUGCAACCGGUUUUAUUUCAAAUUGAAAUUAAUACUUUAUUAGAAACAAAACCCUAUUCAGAUAUAUCUCAUUUAAGCUAUUCUGGAGGAGAGAAUAAAAUAUUGAUUAUGCUCGGUACCAUAUUUCAAAUUGUUAAUGUAACGUUUGAUAAGGAAUAUCAAGUCUGGACUGUUCAACUCACAAUGUUGAGUGAAAAUGAUGAUGAAUUUAAAGAUUUGUUUGACAAUUACACGAAAGAUAUGGGUGCUGUUAAUGUUGGUUCUUUGGGUAGUCUAUUACAAGAAAUGGAUGAACUAGAUAAAGCAGAAAUUAUGUAUCGUAAACACUUGGAAAUUGAUCCAGUUGAAGGUGCUGCGAGUUAUACUAAUCUCGGUGAUCUCAAUAACAGUAGGGGUCGAUACGAUGAAGCACUAGAAAUAUUAAAUAUAGCAUUGAACAUUCAACAGAAUAGUUCGAGCGAUAAUCAUCUUGCUAUUGCAACAACAUUUCAUAAUAUGGGUGAUGCAUAUCAAGGAAAAAAAGAAUACAAACAGGCAUUGGAAAACUAUGAACAAGCUCUCACGAAAUACAAUACUUCAUCUUUACCGAUGAAUCAUCCAAACAUAAUCGAAGUUAAAGCGAGUAUUAGUAAAGUGAAUGAUUUAAUGACAUAA